UGUCCGUGGUGCUGAACGCUGGUGGCGCGCGGAGUUGCUGCUGGAAGUGACACUCUGUCCUCUGUUGUCUCCUCGGUGCAUUCUGGGGUCACGAACGUCUCCGUUUCGCAUCGCGUACGAAAUUAUAUUUAUUGUAAGCGUGAAAAGGAGAAGAAAUGUAAUUAAAGGUCUACUCUUAAUAUCGCGGCCGUUUAAUAAGGAAUUGUCGGGAUCCCCGCGCCUUCCCGCUUCUCCUUUAAGGGGCCGGUCACGUCACGAGCGUGUCACCGUUGCGGGGGCGGGAGCUCACAGCGCGCUUGGUCGGUGUGGGAAAGCGCGAGGACAGCGCGAGGACAGCGCAGGACGCUCAGAGGGACCCCCAGCAGACACACGCAGCGCACGCACCGCAUCCGUCCGCGCGGCCCAUCGGAAGCAUCAUGUCUGUCGCGGGACUCAAGAAGCAGUUCCACAAAGCCACUCAGAGAGUGAGCGAGAAGGUGGGGGGAGUGGAGGGGACCAAGCUGGAUGAGGACUUCUUGGAGAUGGAGAAGAAAGUGGACAUCACCACCAGGGCGGUGCUGGACAUAAUGACCAAGACGGUAGAGUACCUCCAGCCCAACCCUGCAACCAGAGCCAGGAUGAGCAUGAUGAACUCCAUGUCCAAGAUCCGUGGGCAGGAGAAGGGCCCCGGCUACACGCAGGCCGAGACCGUGCUGGGGGAGUCCAUGCAGAAGUUUGGCAGGGAGCUCGGGGAAGAGUCCAGCUUUGGCCUGGCACUCAUCGAUGCUGGGGAGGCCAUGCGAGAGCUCGGGGAAGUUAAGGACGCUCUGGAUAUGGAGGUGAAGCAGAACUUCAUUGACCCCCUGCAGAACCUGCAUGACAAAGACCUCAAGGAGAUACAGCAUCAUCUCAAGAAGCUGGAAGGUCGACGGCUGGACUUUGAUUACAAGAAGAAGAGGCAGGGCAAGGUUCAGGAUGAGGAGAUCAAGCAGGCGCUGGAGAAGUUUGACGAUUCCAAGGAGAUCGCUGAGCAGAGCAUGUUCAACUUGCUGGAAAGUGAUCAGAUCGAGCAGGUGAGCCAGCUGGCCUCCCUGGUGCAGGCACAGGUCGAGUACCACCGGCAGGCCACCGAGAUCCUGCAGCAGCUCUCUGGCAAGAUGGAGGACAGGAUAAGGGAGGCCUCCACGAAGCCCAGGAAAGAGUUCAUGCCCAAACCCCGGACCUCCAUGGACUUCAGCUCGAGCGAGAACCAUAACGGAGGGAUCAGUCACGGCGCUCCAGCCCGUUCUCCAGGCAGAUCCCCAGUGCCGAUGGACCAGCCGUGCUGCCGCGCCCUGUACGACUUUGACCCCGAGAACGAAGGCGAACUUGGGUUCAAGGAGGGCGACAUCAUCACCCUGACCAACAAGAUCGACGAGAACUGGUACGAGGGCAUGCUGCACGGCCAGUCCGGCUUCUUCCCCGUCAACUACGUGGACAUCCUGGUGGCGCUGCCGCACUAGGCCCGCCCGGGAAACGCGUCCUCGUAGCGCCGCCGCUCCGGCUCCCGAAGAGGACGACCGCCACCGGACAGGGUUUCGCCUCUUUCCAGAGCAACAGAGAAUUUCAAAAGAAAACACCUUUUAUUCCAUUAUGAACAUUGUGAUCAAAUCAGAGCACAUGAAGUGUGUAAACCGGUGUUUCAUUUCGUUCCGUGGACGUUCUCUCUUUCGUCUCAGAAGUCGACUUGCCCCCCCUCCCCCAACCCCACGGCCCCGAGGCUCUCGCUUUGACUCUCUUUGAUUGGUUCAUUGUGUGCAGCAGGAGAUCGACAGCCGCACAUCGACAAAAUUUCCGGAGUGGUCUCUGGAGGCCUCCUGUAGACCCCACGCUCCGAGGGCAGGUAUCCCGCCCUGACGCGACAGGUUCCGCACCUGAGAAACACGUCCGUGACGCAUUGUUUUUUCCAACAGUCAUUAGCUCUACGCAGCCAGUCUUUAAGCAAUACUCCCGAGAAAUUCUAGCAUCAUUCAUGCGUUCUCACGUACCCAGAAGAGUGGAAAAAAAAGGAAAUGGAGGAGCUUUCGGGGGAGCAUCUCCACCCCGUGGCCCGUGCGUUUGUUAGAAAGUGCGCUAUUUGGUAGGUGCACGCGGCGUGGUUGAGCCCACAGCGUCACACCUGUGUUACGACCAGGUGUACCAGCGUGGCGCAGGUUCUCGACUCGCACCGAGGGUGGGAGGCAGCACUGGGUGGAGAGACCCUCCCUCCUCACCUGCAUGCUCGCAGUUCGGUUGGCUCUUCACGUAUCUCCCAACGACGCGCCGGUGCACCGGGCCGCCGAAAAUCGCUCACGAAUCCUUCUUGAAUAUUAUCCGCCAAGAGACCAGUUUUACUGUGCGAGAGAUGCAGACAUAUUUAAGAAGCACUGUCGUAACACACCAUAGCAAAACGAGAAAAUACAAGUAAGUCUGUAUUCAAAGAUGAUGUUGAACUACUCGUGAAAUUGGUCAGUGUGUUGUGUUAUAGAGUAUUUUUUUUGCUUGUCGAUGUAAACUGUACGGUGCAUCAGCUGUAUGUUCGUAGAGUCAAAUACUAGAUCUCUGUAGGAUAGCAGUCGACUUUCUGGAUCAUGACUAGGUGCACAUGAGUUUUAUUACAGUAAAGUACCGAUUCGGUUCUGGAUGUACUGAAAAGGAGCUACAAAGGAAGAAAACAUUCCUGCGAUGGUUUGCGGAAGAGACGUUUCCAGUUAGUCAUCGCUUUAAAUUGUCGGAGACAAUAAGCACGUGAUUCACUUUGCUAAAUUUAGAUGCUCUAUUCACGUGUGUCAUCCUGAGACCCAGUCAUUCAUUUUGUCCACUGUAGAGGACGUAUGCGUUUGAGUGUGUCUACCAAACUGACCGUCCAGUAGUGCUGAGGCCUCGUGCAUUUCAAAGAAGAAAUCCUGUGCUUUUAGAGUAUAUCGCGAUUGGGGUGGGACUUGGAAAACUUGACAGAAAUCUUUUGAUGGGUCUCAGUAUGACACAUGGUUGCAUUUUAAAAUAUCCAUCGGGAUGGCGCUCCGAGUGCCCUCGAUGAGUGCGGUGCUGCCCACGUGGGAGGCACGCGGUUCCACGACCCUGCGGCACGUUGCCGUUGGAGGCCUGUCCUGUCCUCGAGCGAAUUUCGCCGCUCUUCCCCGGAGUUGAAACCGAGGAGAACCGAGAAAGCGUGUGUCUCAGGACACUCCGGUGUCUUUAGAGCCAUAGCAAAGCAGUGUGUGUAGCGAGGCAAUGACGUGGGUAAGAAGUGGGGAAAUCAAUUCUGGAGCGGAAAUGGGACGAGACGUCGCGUUAUUUUCAUUUUGUGCGUUUCCGGAUAACAGCGGGAGUUUUCAUUUGGAAUUAGCGCGAGUGCCGCUGGAUCGCCAUGGGGUUUAGCAGCAGCGGACCGUGAAUUCGGCUCAAAAGUGACAUCUCCACCCUUUCGUUCUCUUUUUUUGAUUUGUGAAACAAUUUCUGUGUAUUUUUGCCCUCAAUGAGGACUGUACAGCUGUUCUCUCCCUGUAGCAGUGCAUUUAUUGUAUUUUAUUUUUGUACCAGUGACAAAGUUUAUAUGUAGAUAGCGUCCGUAUAGACACACAAGGAAAGAACAUGUAAAGGAAGAGACUGUAAUUGCUCUCUUUGGAUAAUCCUUGGUUGUUUCUUGUCUUCUUCCUGAGACAGAGUGCAGGUAAAAAUGAUGCUCAGUGUAACAAAUAUCUAUAUGUCAUUUAUUGAAAUAAACACCGAGACACCGUGACUGAGCUGCAUGA